AAAAAUAAUAAAGUCCCUUAUGUCUUAAUUGGGGUCAAGUUACAUGAUUGGCUUCUCUCGAUCAUCAUGCACAGAGUACGCAAUAAACCGAUUAAAUCCACCGCUACUGCUUCCGUUAAGCAUUUAAUCAAACAGAGAGGCGGAGGGAGCGACGGAGCUACGGCGGCUUCCAAGUCGGCGAAUGAUUAUAAUAAUAAUAAUAGUCUCUUGACGGAUAUGCAGGAACCUAGCAUCGAUACAGAUAAACUCAGCUACGAGAUUUUCUCGAUUCUUGAGAGCAAAUUUCUUUUCGGGUACGACAACAAAGACGACGACCCCAAAAUCAAUUUCGACCCGAAACCCGAACCCGAACCCGCCAAUUCCGCGGUUGCUGGCUCGAUUAAGAACCAGAGAGGUAAAAUCUGUAUUCUGAGCAUCGAUGGAGGUGGAAUGAGAGGGAUUUUACCCGGUAAGGCUUUGGCUUAUUUAGAACACGCUCUCAAAUCUAAAUCGGGUGACCCGAAUGCCCGAAUCGCCGAUUACUUUGAUGUAGCCGCCGGGUCCGGUAUAGGUGGGAUUUACACAGCGAUGUUGUUCGGGUCAAGAGACGGUAACCGUCCGAUCUUCAAAGCAGAAGACACGUGGCAGCUCUUAACGAGAAACGCCAAGGGUCUUUACGGAGGAGGAGGAAUCUUGAAACGGGUCUUGAGAACCGGGUCGGGUUGUUGUUCCGGGACGGCUAAGUUAAAGAAAGUGAUGAAAGAGUCUUUCUCGGAGCUAACCUUAAAGGACACGCUUAAACCGGUACUUAUACCUUGCUACGACCUCAAAAGCUCUGCCCCGUUUCUGUUCUCACGCGCCGAUGCGCUUGAGACGGACGGCUAUGAUUUUAGGCUCUGGGAGGUUUGUAGAGCGACUUGGGCUGAGCCGGGGGUGUUUGAGCCGGUGGAGAUGAAGUCGGUUGAUGGGCAGACCAAGUGUGUGGCCGUUGGUGGAGGAUUAGCGAUGAGCAAUCCCACAGCUGCUGCAAUCACCCAUGUGCUGCACAACAAGCAGGAGUUUCCGUUUGUGCGAGGUGUUGAGGAUUUGCUUGUGUUGUCUCUUGGUAUGGGUCAGUUGCUUGAUGUUAGCUAUGAGUAUGAUCGGAUUAUCAAGUGGAAGGCUAAGCAUUGGGCCCGUCCCGCGGCUCUUAUUUCUAAUGACGGUGCUGCUGACACCGUUGAUCAAGCUGUGGCCAUGGCUUUUGGUCACUGCCGCAGUAGUAACUAUGUCCGGAUUCAGGCGAAUGGGUCGAGCUUAGGACCUUGCAGUCCAAACAUAGACACAGACCCUAGUGGGAGCAAUGUGAAUAUGCUGGUGGGAGUAGCAGAGGAGAUGCUGAAGCAAAAGAAUGUAGAAUCUGUUUUGUUUGGAGGUAAAAGAAUCGAUGAACAAAGCAACUUCGAGAAGCUUGACUGGUUAGCCGGGGAACUUGUUCUCGAGCAUCAAAGGAGAAAUAGCAGAAUCGCUCCAACCGUAGCGUUCAAGCAAUCCAUCCAUAGAGCAGAUCAAAAGACAAGGGACAAAGAUAUCGGUGUGACCGCAAGAGAACGAUGAAAUAAGAAAUGGUUUACUUA